ACCGCGCGUGCCACAAGCGAGGCCGGGAGGAGCGCGGCCUCCGGCCGCCAGGGGGCGCGGUGCGGGCGCCGAGCGGUGCCGGCGGCGGAAGUGAUCCCGCGGCGGCGGAAGCGUGAGAAGAAUGGGUUCCGUGUCGGAGGAGCUCACCCUGGUCCCCCUGCACCGGAGGCCGGAGCUGCUGGAGGCCUGUGCCGAGCUGCUGCGCGAGGAGUGGGGAAGGAGCCGUGCGGCGCGGCUCCACACGCUCCAGCGCUCCUCGGACUCCUUCCCCACCUGCCUGCUCCUGCUGCGGGGCCGGGGCCCGGGCCCCUGCCCGCUCCUGGGCCACGUCCGGCUCUCCCGCGUGGCCGCCCGGCCCCACAGCCUCUUCGUGGAGAGCGUGGUGGUGGCGCGGGCGCUGCGGGGCCAGGGCUACGGGCGGCGGCUCAUGGAGGCCACGGAGCAGUGGGCCCGGGCGCGGGGCUUCCGCUGCCUGCACCUCAGCACCCACGACAAGCAGCAUUUCUACGCGCACCUGGGCUUCGUCCUGGGCGAGCCGGUGCAGAGCGUGGCCUUCCUCAGCCCCGCCAUCCCCGCUGAAGUGCUGCGGCUCUUCUCCACCCGUCCUGGGGCCGACACCACCACCACCACCACCACCACCAGGCCAAGGCUGCCUCCUGCCCCUCCAGCUCGCCCCUCGCCCCCCGCUGCUCCUGCACCACCCCCCCCACCGCCGAACGUGAUCUGGGCCAGGGGGGUUCUGGCUGAGAGCAGCGGGCGCAGCCUCCUGGAGACCCCGCACCACGAUGCCAAGGGGCUGCCCAUCUUCUGGAUGAAGAAGGACAUCUGAGGGGCCUGGGCUCGGAGCCGCUCAUUAAAGCAGUGUGGGC